UUCAUCACUUCAAAUCCGCAAAGUGUGAGAGAAGAAGAAGAUGCCAGAAGUGGUUGUCAACACUGAACUGUCAAGCUUGAAUUCCUGUUUUGAGAACCCGGCUGACUUUACUAAGCAGCUUAUGCAUUAACAAUCUUAUUUCUGAUCUUUUAAAUGAGAGCAUACCGCUGACACGUCGCCAGCAAGAAGCAGCGUUUACAUUUGAAAUCGCGGCGGUCACAACAUGGCGGCGGUAGACGUGGAGGACGAGAGUAUCCUGGCGUCGAUCUUUAAGGACAGCUUCCCGGACAGCUGGAGGGACAACCCGGACUUCACGGCCUACCUGUCCGAGCUGAGCUCCUUCGGGGUGGAGAAGCUGAGCCGGGAGCCGGAGAGGCUGUCGGAGGAGCGGGCUCAGAUCCUGCAGCAGACCCGAGAGCUGGCCUUCUCCAACUACCAGACCUUCAUCCGGACCGCCGACUGCACCGAGCACAUCUACCGGGACUUCGGCCGGGUGGAGAGCAGCGUGUCCCGGCUGCUGGACAAGCUGCCCAGCUUCGGGGAAAGAUGCAGGGGGUUCAUGAAGGAGGCGGAGGAGAUCGGGGCCAGCCGACGGAUGAACAGCCUCACUUUGAACCGUCACACAGAGAUCCUGGAGAUCCUGGAGAUACCUCAGCUCAUGGAUACCUGCGUCCGAAACGGAUACUACGAGGAAGCUCUGGAGCUGGCAGCUUACGUCAAGAGGCUGGAGAGGAAGCACUCGUCACUGCCGGUCAUCCAGGGUAUUGUACGUGAAGUACGUCAGUCCACUCAGCUGAUGCUCAACCAGCUCCUGCAGCAGCUGCGCAUCAACUCGCAGCUUCCCGUCUGCCUGCGAGUCAUCGGCUACCUGCGCAGGAUGGACGUGUUCACGGAGGCGGAGCUGCGGGUGAAGUUCCUGCAGGCCCGUGGCACCUGGCUGACCUCCAUCCUCACCGCCAUCCCUGAAGACGACCCCUACUUCCACAUCACCAAAACCAUCGAGGCCUGCAGAGUCCAUCUGUUUGACAUCAUCACCCAGUACAGAGCCAUCUUCUCCGAUGAGGACCCUCUGCUGCCCCCUGCAGGUGGGCAGGUGGUGGUGAACGAGGCGGCCAUCUUUCACGGCUGGGUGGUGCAGAAGGUGGCUGAGUUCCUGGAUACUCUAGACAGGGACCUGCAGCGAGGUGUGGGCGGCCGCUUGGACUCCCUGCUGGGUCAGUGCAUGUACUUUGGCCUCUCCUUCAGCAGGGUGGGGGCGGACUUCCGCGGGCAGCUGGCGCCCAUGUUCCAGCGGGUGGCGGCGGAGACGUUUCGCGUUGCCGUGAAGGAGGCGGUGGAGAAGUUUCAGGAGGACAUGAACCGGUACACGCUCAUCUCUCUGCCUUCAGUGCUGGGAGGAACAAUCCCCCCUGUGGCCCCCAGCACCCAGCCCGGAUCCCUGCAGCCGCCCAUGUCCCUGCUGGACUUUCAGCCGCUGGCGUGCUUCCUCAACAACAUCCUGACCGCCUUCAAUGACCUCCGGCUCUGCUGCCCCGUGGGACUGGCUCAGGACGUCACCAAAUGCCUCGAAGACGCACUCAAGCUGGUGACCCGUAACAUUCUGGUGUUUCACCGGGCGGAGGAGUCGGCCUUCAGCAGCAGAGAGAAGGAGCUGUUUGUUCAGUUCUGCUGUGGGUACGCUGAAGACCUGCUGCCGUUCCUCAACCGCUGUCUGCAGGUCCUGUUUCCUCCGGCUCAGCUGGCUCUCAUUCUGGGUGUUCCUGUGACUCAGCUGCACAAGUACGAUGGUCUGGGCUGCAUCGACCUCCCCGCCGUCCUCGAGCCGCUGGACUUUGUGCUCCCUGAGAGGAUAACAAUACCGGAUGCAGCACCCGCGCCAGAGUUCGACAUCUCCUCAGAACUGGGCAGCCUGUCGUUUGAGACCCAGCCGACAGACACAGUAACGGACCCUGACCUCAGAGUAGAGGCGGGACCUCCCGACCCAGCACCAAGCGGAUCUGUAGAGUCUGAACUGACGGAGACGAAGACCGAGGAACAAGAUGAAGAGACGAUGCUGGACGAAGAGUUUUCUUUGGAGUGACGGGAUGAAGAGCUGGUGGAGAUUUAUUGACUUGUUUCUGCAGUUUCAGGUUCCACUGCUGAAUAUUUUUUGGGGUUUUGUGGAACUGAAUGAGAAGUUUGACGGAUGAUUUUGGGCUCUUGGGACAGGAUUAUAUAUCUUUUGUGGACAUUUAAAUAAUAAACUUUAUGCUUCAAGGUACAGGAUGACGGUAAACUUUCUCUAACUGAAUCUUCAAAAUGAAUGAAAUGGAUCAAACCAAAGCAGCCCUGAGUUAAAGACAUGAGUCGAUUAGGAAACAAUGACCAGAUGUUUCACUGUCACAUAUUUCAACCUCUGUCUGAAAAGAGUUGAGAACUCAAAGUAAUAAAAACACAACACUGUUUGGACUAAUAAUGAACCUGUGUUUACUCAGAGGAAGUAUUUAGGUCCUUUACUGCAGUAAAAUACCGUAAAACUUCAAAUAAAAGCACAUCCUAAUUUAA